AUGGAGGUGACACCCAAAACCUUAGCUGAUGUGAAGGGAAACAGUGCUAUUUCUUAUGAAGGAAAAGUUCAGCUCCUUGAAAUUGCACAAGUUCCUGAUGCACAUGUCAAUGAAUUCAAGUCCAUUGAGAAAUUUAAAAUUUUCAAUACAAACAAUUUGUGGGUGAACCUGAAAGUAAUAAAGAGGCUCGUGGAAGCUGAUGCACUCAAGAUGGAGAUCAUCACAAACCCAAAGGAAAUCAAUGGCCCCGAAGACUUAUCUGGCUAAAGGUUGAUGAAUGUUAAAGGUUG